CUAGCUGGGGCUUUUCCUUUGUGUCCUGUAGGGGAUCCAGAGUUCGUCAGGGACAUAAAAGAGAAGUGCUGCUAUGUGGCCUUGGACUUCAACAAGGAGAAGUCCAAAGACAACCUGCUGUCCUGCCAAAACAAAUUCCUGCUUCCCGAUGGCCAGGAGAUCACCCUCAGGCAGGAGCACUUCCUCUGCCCCGAGGUGCUCUUCCAGCCCAGCCUCAUAGAGAGGAACAGCCUGGGCAUGCCCAUGACCGUCUUCCGCUGCAUCUCCUCCUGUCACCCCCGCCAGUGGAAGACCCUCUUUCACCACAUAAUCCUGUCUGGAGGGACCGGCUCCUGCUCGGGGCUGCGGUCACGACUGCAGAGAGAAAUAGCCAACCUGGUGUGCCCAGCACACGACAUCCAGGUGUACACCUCUCCAUAUGCCAAGUACGGGGCCUGGGUAGGUGGCUCCAUCCUGUGCUCGCUGUCCACGUUCGAGGACAUGUGGGUGACCAGCAAAGAGUAUGAAGACAUGGGAUCCUCUGUCGUCCGCAGAAGAAGCAUCUGAUACGUAACUAUAAGGGGCCCCUCGCCUGUGUCGUCCACCCAAGUCCAGGACAAAGUGGGCCAGAGUGCAGAGCCCGCUCACACACAAGGUCCUUCCUCCCCUGGCUGCCAGUAAACAGGUCACCAAGGGA